UUCUACCUUGACUUGCAUUGAUCAGUAUUUCGAGCCUGUCCCCUUUAAGAGUGCUGACGUAGCUACACACGAGUGACCCGGAAAUAACUCCAGGAUCUUGCUGCUGGUUACAUCAGAACGCAAUGUUACAGGGACCGUGCUGUCUGUGUUUCUAUGCUGUUUCUAACCAGGCUGUCUCAUGUUGCUUUUGAUGCAUUGAUACGUUCAGGUAUCCGUGCUACAAACUCAGCUAAAACAGACAUGUGCAAGGAGCUCAAGUGCAGAAUACUGAAGCUAGGGAUUGCCAACGCCGGGCCCGCAAAGCAGUCGGGGGACCGGGUGCAAGUUUCAGCCUGGAAGGAGUUUCUGAGCACCGCGGUUAGUGUUUUAAAGCAGGGGAAUGUGGUGGCCGUGCCAACUGAUACCGUGUACGGAUUGGCUUGUCUCGCACAAAACUCAGAAGCCAUCCAAAGGAUUUAUGAAACGAAAGGACGAAAUGGAAACAAGCCUUUAGCUAUAUGCGUGGGAGCGGUGGAAGACAUUUACAAAUACUGUAAAGUCACUGUCCCAGAUCAGUUACUAAGAGACCUCCUCCCGGGACCUGUAACGCUAGUUUUAGAGCGAUCUGAUGAGCUGAAUAAAGACCUGAAUCCCUUCACUCAGUUGGUGGGAGUACGGAUUCCAGAUCAUGCUUUCAUGCAGGUUUUAGCGCAGAAGUGUGAAGAGCCCCUGGCUCUAACCAGUGCCAACAUCAGCUCCCAGGCAAGCACACUCACAGUAGAUGAAUUCCGUGAUCUUUUGCCUCAGUUAGCCCUUGUUAUUGAUGGCGGACCAAUCGGUGAUGUUAUGAGCCCCGAGUGUCGUUUAGGAUCAACAGUGAUAAACUUAUCUACACCAGGACAAUACAGCAUCAUAAGACCAGGAUGUGCACUUACGGCUACAGUUGAAAUCCUUGAGAACAAAUACAGUCUGUUAGAGACUCCGGAUCACUGAAUUAACUGUACGGUACUGUACUGCAAAACGCACAACUGACCUUUACUAUUGUAUAUACUGUACAUGAACUUACAAAAGCUUUCAAUGUCAGAAUACCUGAAGGGGGAGUCAGCAAAAUAAAGGAACAUCUUCCAUUGUCCACUACAGUAGCAGAUGGAACUUGCAAAUCCUUCUGCAGGGCUAAAAUGAAGACUUUUUUGACAAAAAAAAAAGAUUAUCCUAUUCUGUUUUGGUAUAUGACUCCUAUAGUUAAACUAGUAAUAUAUUGACUCCCACACGUUGCCUUUAUGGCCACUAUAGUUAUAGAUGCAUAUUUCUUAGUGACAAAGUGUAGGGAUGUCAGGCAAUCGUGUGGUGAUUUGGACACAGAUCUUAUUAGAAACGUUGAAAGCGAUUUGUUUAAAUGUUAUGUGAUGAAAAGAUGAAUGCAUCUAGAUUGGACACUCCGUAUUUGUCUUAUAUGACAAACAGCUGCUUAAUCUAAAAAAAAAGAUACAGGAUAUGGGUUAGUUAUGAAUUAAAACCUUGGGCUGUAUUCUUAAAACAAUAGCAUGACUGAAGUCACAUAGGACAGCACUGUUAAAUUCAAUAGGCGUGUCUUAUUUGGCAGCAUUCCAAAAAAGACCAAAAGUAAAUAUCUGAGCUACACAUAGAUUAAAUCCCCCUAAAAUACCUAGCUUACAAUGAAAAAGCCCCUCCACCUGUCACAACUGAGUUCAGUUGUACUGCUGCUCUCAGACCAUAAUGCCUUUGUAUAUAAUUUGUAAGAGCACAGUGCCUGUAUUUAAUAUAUGUUUUUAAAGAUCUAAUGCAGCUAAUUCACUGUACUCUUCUGUAUUUAUUAAUGCCAUGAUUUAUCAUGACGUUACUUUAUAAAACUGGAGAUGUGGCUGGGAUAAUGUAAUUCACAUUGAAACCGGGAACUUGCAUUUUUUUGUAUGGGCUAUUCUAUUUUUUUAACCAGCAACAGUUGUUUCUCUUAAUGUUCAAUAUGUUUUAAGACCAUGUGAUUUUUUUUUUUUUUUUUUUUAAAUUUUAAUAAACAGUCAUCUGCUGGUGACCUGCAUACUGUGUUUAAUAUUAAG